GAGGGGAGAGAAGGAGGAGUGUGUGUCUGAUAGUGUUGAGCUUGUCUGGAUGCCUCCGUUCAUUCUGCUCGGCUUUCUCACCUGCAGGACGUCACGAGUCCCUCAGGUGUGCCUUCACGCCGGGGACGUCCAUGGGUGAAUGAGGACGAAGGAGAGGUGCAGAAAAAAAGGAACACGCAUUCGGAUGACAAAUACUCUGUGUUGGUGACCAACGCAGCGAUCUCGCACAGAAGUACUUUAUAGAGCUGAUAUCGGAGGCGUGACAGCUCCGGUUGUGAAAGACGUCCAGUCAGAGGGCUGAUGCUCAGAUAUGAUGAUGAAAUGAAUAGAAGCGGUGGCGUGCAUGUGAGGAGCUUCGACAGAUCAUGAUGACCUUGGGUUUGCCACAGUUGCCAAGAGACUAAUGGAGUCUGUGACACAGGAUCUUGAAACCAGCUCUUCGUCUAUGGGAGCCCUGCGGUGCAGGUGUGAGGGCCGUGCAGCGUGAGGCCAUGAGCUUCACAACAAACCCGGCAUUGGUCCCAGACAGGGAAAGCCUCCCCUUCAAAAAGAGAGACCAAAGAUGGAGCUCGCCACGGCACCAGCAGCAACCGUGUGACGCUGCCAAUUUCAAGGCUCCAUACCCCUACAGGGGCCACGGCGAGUUCAAGACCAAACACACGGGCCUGCUUCGGCCUGUACCGAGACGAGCUCCUGCCCUCUAUCAGCCCUGGAUCGAGAAUCAGAGCYCCGCGAGGCCCAAACAGCACAUCCUCUCUGCUUUCAGAGAGCAUCCUGGGUGGACAGAGUGGGGAGACUACAGUCCUCUGCCUCCUGGAUUGGACUUCUCCCUCCAUUACCAACAACUGAACCAUUUAUCUGGAACACAAGCCCUCCACCCAGGUCAUCCACGUUACGCCUCCAGGAUUAGUGCCAGCUCCCUGGCACCUGAGGGUUUCCACAGAGGKGGGGGAGGCUGGGACAAGCUCAAGACAUUAAUAGACAAGAGUUUGAAUCCGGAGAGGCAUGGGUAUAGCAUCCAUAAAGGUCCGUAUGUGAGAAGAGGAAGCAGAAAAACAGAGAAUUUGUCCAAGGCUGAAAAUGGAACGAAGUACCUACCUCACGCUCCACAUCAGGACUUACAGCACGACUCAUUACACAAAUCAGUAAAAGCUGUCUCUGUGUCCGGACAGUCCCUCAUCAGAAGUUCCCCUGAUAACGUGCACGACCCGAGCAGCUCCACGGCAGACAACAAGUCAAGAUACCCCGUCGCUCCUUCCUCCUCUACCUCACAGAACCGCUUCCCCUGGCUUCUCCCCCACUUCGGGGCCGGUUCUCUGAUCGAGCUGGGAGACGGGCGGCUGAGACGGGUGGAGCACCUGCAAACAGAGGACUUUCUGCUGGGCUCGCUGGCAUGUCCAGACCUGCGCCUGAGCUGCUGCACGGUGCAGAGCAUCUCGCCCUCAGCCUCCGCUUCCUCCUCCGUCUCCCGCCUCCUCAUCCUGCUACAUGACCAGCAGUCCCAGGAGUUGGUGGACGUGUACGUGGAGUACCCGUUCUUCGUGCGUGGGCAGGGCUGGUCCUCCUGCAGCCCCCAGAGGACCGCCCGCCUCUGUGGCCUGCAGUGCCGCCAGCUCAGCGUGGGCGACGUCUGCCUAGCCCUCACACCCGUCGCAGCUCCAGGGUCUCCGCUGCCGGCCUCCAUGGGACCAAAGACCUGCCCCAAGAUGCCCGAGGAGGGGCGUGAACCCCUGAAGUCUCUAACUGCUCUGAGCCGGGGUCCCUCGGGGGUGCAGAAAACAGGGCCAGAACCGAUCCGCAGGAGACACUAUUCAGCCCCCUGAGCAGAGACUUCUGGGGGCACGUUUCAUAUGUAGUUAACUGUGCUGUAAUCAACUUAUAUAUACUGUUUCUCUACCUCUUCAAUCAGGCUUCUGUGCUUCACUGUCAUGUUGAUGUAAACACAUCUCAAAGAGAAGAGCUACAUGCAGACCUCUCAGGGUAACGGGAUGUAAAAUAUUGUGAGAACCUGGAGAACCAAAGUGUAAACGGAUGCAGGGGGGCCGCUUUAGGGACAUUUAUGGGAACCAUUUCAAGGUUUAGUGUUUAAAUAUUUGCAUCGUAGCUUUAAAAUGCUCGUGUUUCUUUUGCAAUCGUGACCAUAUCCAUUUAUAUUUCUUACAAAGCACAUUAAAAUACUGCCUCAGGUCUGCAUUUAAAGUUUAGGUCUGUCCUGCUCGAUAUUGUGAUGAUAAAAAAAAAUUAGUUUCUAAGUUGAAGAAAGAAAACAAUGAAUUUGACAGUGAGCUUUAAUUUGAAGCUUCUACCUCUUUUUACAAAGAUGUGUGUUUUUAUCUGUGAUGUCACGUACAGGUGGGUCUGCGGUGGUUUCUGCUUGUUUUGAGCAGAACUUGAAUCAAAACUUCAGUUACUGGGAUGAAGCUGAAAAUGGAAUGUGGUUUAAGGCACCAAACAAAGAUGAUUUUACUUUUGGGUUCAAUGGCAACAUGGUUAACUAAUAAAUGCUUUAAAAUUUCAA